AUGUUCGGCGCCAAGAUCCUCCCUAUCGUCCUCGCGGCCGUGUCCGUCGUCUCCGGCGCCGCGAUCGAGAAGAAGCAGUCGUGUGCCAAGACCUGCGGUAGCGUCUGCUACUCCCAGGGCGACCUCGAUGCUGCCGUGUCCCAGGGUUACGAAUACUACUCAGAUGACACCACCGUCGGCAGCAACGACUACCCCCACCAGUACAACAACUACGAGGGCUUCGACUUCCCCGACGAGGGCCCGUGGUAUGAGUUCCCCAUCCUGAGCUCCGGCUCCGCCUACACCGGCGGCCAGCCCGGCGCUGAUCGCGUUGUCUUCAACUACGCCGGCGAGUUCCAGGACGCCAUUACCCACACCGGCGCGAGUGGGAACAACUUCGUCGGAUGCACUUAA